GAACGCGGACUUGUGAUUGGUGGAGAGCGGCGGGCGGUGACGUCACAGCCCCGGCGCCCAUUCAUCAGUGGACUUGGGCGUUGUACUCCGCAUCUCAUUUGCGGCGGGGCCAAUUUCUCCUCUUGCUAACUCCGCUCGAGGAAAAAAUUGAAAGAAUUCUCCUCUUUUGGCACGUUUUCGCGAACCUUCUCCUCUUUUUGCGGUCACUCCGGGUUCACACCUCGGCUUCGCUUGCAGAAAAAAGGGGCUCACGGAGUUAGACGUGGUUUUUCGGGGGGAAGGACGCUUGCGGUCUUUGUUCAAGUCUUCAUCGUUCGGGUUCCUUUGUUGGACCAAAAAAAAGCAUGGGAUCACAAAUCUCCAAAACCGCUGGAAAGGAGGAAGCUGCGGUCGAGAAGCCGGGCGAGGCUGCAGCAGUGGCGGCCAAGGCAAACGGGCAGGAGAACGGCCAUGCCAAGACCAAUGGAGAUGCCUCUCCGGCCGCGGAGGAGGCCAACAAAGCUGAGGUGCAGGCCAACGGGAGCACUCCCACAGAGGAGGCACCCAAAGAGAAUGGGGAGAAGGUAGAGGGAGCUGAGGCUAAUGGCGAGAAGGAGCCGGCCGCCACAAACGGAGAGGCUUCCGCCAAGCCAGAGGAAGGCACCCCGUCCACCAGCGAGGACGGCAAGCAGAAGAAGAAGCGGUUCUCCUUCAAGAAGCCUUCCUUCAAGCUCAGCGGCUUCUCCUUCAAGAAGGCCAAGAAGGAGUCUGAGGAGGCCGCAGCUACGGAGGAGGGAGCGGCAGCCGCGCCUGCUGAGGGGGAGCAGCCAGAGGCCGAGGGUGCAGCAGCACCAGCUGCUGCUGAGGAGGAGGCCAAGCCAGCUGAGGCCAGCGAAGAGGCUGCAAAAGAGGCUCCAGCUGAGGAGCCCAAGGCCGAAGAAGUGAAAGCAGAGGAGGCAGGAGGUGAGGAGAAACCAGCCGAAGCGACACCCGCCGAGCCAGAAUCCGCAGCCAGUCCAGAGGCCGCUGCCGCCGAGUAAUCCUGCUGAACAAGACACCGACAUGAAGGAGACGACGGAGCCUGUCUGAAGAAAUGAGAGGACUUGUCUAAAACCAGGGAUUUUUUUGGGUUUAUCUCUUUGUUUUUUUUUUUGUUUUUUUUUUUGGUGCUUGUUUACUAUUUUGCCACCAUCUCAUCCAUGAUGACUGCAAUGUCCCUGGCGGUUGAGGACAGGUGUGCUGACCCCUCACUGCCCGUUGCAUUUGUGAUGUGGGUGAGUGUGAAAGUGCGACUGUUGUGCGGGUGAGCGAGCGAAUGUUUUUCUACAUGAAACCAUGACUGUGUUGACACGAUGCUGAAUUUGACAUAUUUAAUUGAAGUAUUCGGUGCUGGGCAAUUGGAUGUAGCAGCUCAAGCUGUCGUCUGCAAGAUGUGACACGUCGAUAUUUAAAGGGAAAGUCCUUGAUAACCAAGUCUAAAUGUCGUCUUUGCAGUGCACAGUUGUUUACAAGUCAAGCUCAACACUCCUGUGGACACAACAUUCCUGAAUGAACUAGUUAGUUGCUACCAAAACGAUAGGUGCUCAUCACAUUUCCAUUAGAUCCCACCAUUACAAAUCUCUGUAGUACUGCACGUUGUAUAGACUUUGAUAUUACUGGUUUUAUGACUGAAAUGUACCUAAAUGACAUUUUUAACAGAUAUGACCCAUUGUAAAUGAAGUUUUCUUGUUUUUCACCAUUUGUAAGAUUGAAUAAAAUUGGGAGAUGUUUUAAGCAAA